GAUGUAAGACCUGACAGGACGUAUAAAGUGUUGCCACCGGUUGCUACAAACGAUUAAAGGUACCGUGUUAGUCGAGCGCAGCCUAAAUCCUCGUGUAACGCACCCCACUGCUCGUGACAUUUUGCUGCAGAACGGAACUCUGUCCGUUUUGUGGGUGUGUGUCUGUGUGUCCUGGGGGCCGGGUCAUGAGACUCCAGAGGUGGGUUUCUUUCAGUAAGCUCGCAGCUGGAUCACUCUCUGCGCCAUCCUCCGGGAGUCAGGUCAUUCACAACACUCAGCAGCACGUGCAUCGUUUCAGUCAGUCUGUUGCUGUCAUGGCAGAGGAGGCGAAGAAACUAGCCGCUUACGCCGCUGUGGAUAACCACAUCCAGAACAACCAGGUGGUUGGAGUGGGGAGUGGGUCAACCAUUGUAUAUGCUGUGGACAGAUUAGCUGAGAGAGUUCGACAAGAAAAACUCAAUAUCAUCUGUGUGCCCACCUCCUUCCAGGCUCGACAGCUGAUCCUGCAGCAUGGCCUCACGCUGUCGGAUCUGGACAGACACCCAGAGCUGGAUGUGGCGAUCGACGGGGCAGAUGAGGUGGAUGCAGAGCUCACGCUGAUAAAAGGUGGAGGUGGCUGCCUGACUCAAGAGAAGAUUGUAGCUGGCUGUGCAAAACAUUUUGUCGUCAUUGCAGACUACAGAAAGGACUCUAAAGCUUUGGGCCAACAGUGGAAGAAGGGCGUUCCUAUUGAAGUUAUCCCCAUGGCUUACGUUCCCGUCUCCAGGAUGAUAGCCCGGCGCUUUGGAGGGGAGGCCAAUUUAAGGAUGGCUGUCAGUAAAGCUGGUCCCGUCGUCACUGACAACAGCAACUUCAUCCUAGACUGGAAGUUUGAACGCGCUCAGAACUGGAAGGAUGUCAACAUUGCAAUCAAGAUGAUUCCUGGUGUGGUGGAGACGGGGCUCUUCGUCAGCAUGGCUGAACGUGCGUACUUCGGGAUGGAAGAUGGAAGCGUGCAGGUCCGAGACGCUCCAGUCAACUGAUGAGUUCACCAUCAUCACUUAACCUCAUUUCUCCUGCAAGUGCUACAGUUCUGACCUACUCUCUGUCUACAAUGAAACUGAAGCAGGAAAAUUUUAACUCAUCGUGAAAUAAGUUACAAAGCUUGAUUUUUCUCAUCCAGCUGCUGGUGCUUCUGAUUCUUAAGUUUUAAAGUGCCUGAUGAGGGAAAUCAAGUCACACUAGGAACGUUGUCAUUAGGGGUUUGACAGCAUGAGACUACAGUGUGCCUUAUGAUUGCUUUAUUCCUCAUACUGUUGAAAGAAAUAAUCUGACAGGCCUACACCAGCUGAGUUAAACUACACAGGUGUAAGGUUAUGUGGUGAUCUAUUCUCCAUACCUGAAGCCAUAUUGGCCAAUCAGAGGCCUGACAAAAUAAUAUAACUAGCUCUGGCAAAUCCAAAAGUGGCACAGCAUGAAAAGGCAGAAUCUUUCAUGUGGAGGAUCUUAUUUCAGAUUUACAGAGCUGGAUGGAAACUUGGCUGUAGCUAUAACUAUUAUUUCCACUAGACAACAUUAACAGUAUCUGCUGUGACUCAAUGAUCUGGUUUCCUGCGCCAGAUGAAGACAGAGUUUGGGAAAUGUUUGCGGUUUCCUCUCAUUUUCUACAGCUCCUUGUGUAGUGCUACACUUGUCAGUCAGUCUUACCGUUUCUUCAUAAGACGGGGGAAAAAAAUGAAUGUGUGUACUUGAAUGCAUGCACUUUCUUCCACUGUGUUGGUUCUUUUUGUGCCUGUGAGUCACUUGCAUGAUGGCUAUUUACUGCUAACACAAGCUUUUUCCUCACAGAAAGUCUUGUGCCAUAAUCUUCAUUUUGAAAAGGUAAAUGAUGAUCAGGAAUAUUUUCACCCAUUUAAAUGUGUCAUAUUAAAUAUAGUCUGUUAGCACUGUAUGCAUAUUGUGUGUGUGCCUUGGCAGGCUAAAGCAAUAUACGGUAAACACAGAAUCAAUAUUUAAAUUGGCAAAGAAAUGAGGAAUAUAAACAGACUUGGUAUGCCGGGUUACUGUGACUGGCUGCAGCAUCCAUCAUUGCUGGAUAUUGCAGUCCGCUCAUGAUGCCUUACACUGUUUAAUUUUGCAAAUGUAUGUUUUUGUCUGUACAUCCAACAUCGAGGUGGGAGUUUUAACACAAAGCUGAGUUUUUAGCUUUGUCUACAGGCUGCUCUCAGGUAUAUGCAGGUUUUUACUCAUGCCUCAGUGGCCUGAAGACAAAGUAAAACUUGACUGACCUUGUGUCAACAUUAUGAGUCCAAAAAUUAAA